UGCCUUGUCUUUAGCACUGAAUCCGGAUUCAAGUUUGCUUUACUUCCGACCUUGGAUCCCAGUCCAUCGAUCUUGAAUUUAUAAGGUGCUGAGUAAUAGCACUAUUUUGUGGACAUUGAAGACAUUACCUCCCACUUCGACACACAACACCCCCGACUUUGGAAUUAUUGGCACCUUCAAAAGCAAAUACGGUGGCGGGGGAUCAAAGGACAGAGCCAAAGGGCUGGAAUAUCAUCCUCAUAGCAUCGUCGGCGGUUGAUGGCGAGUGUGGAUAUCUUGCAUGAUGACAGCCACAUUGAACGGGGUGUUCAAUUCGUCCCCUGACACACCCUCUACCAUUUAUCCUGAUCGUCUGAUCCGUCCUCUACCUCGACGGACCCUCCGUUCACGCCUUUCUUCCGAUGCUGCUGAUACUCUAUUCUAUCCGCCUACACCGCCGGCGUCUCAAAUAUUCUAUGGCGUUUCUGCGGAUUCCGAAGAAGCGGUCAAUGAAUCCAAAGUUUAUGUGCAGCAGACUGUUGAGACUGAAUUGUCGCCAGAGGUUGACACCCAUGAAUUUGAGACGUCAGUAGAGUUGGAGAGCGGUGAUGAAGGCGGUCCGAUGGUUGUUCGGAGGAGUGGUGUUAUCCGGAGAUCUUCGCUUUCACCUCCUGUGUCUGGCAAUCCACAUAGCUUCCCUCACGACACACCGCAGACAAAAUCUUCAACCGGGGACGGUUACGACGCGUUUGAGAAUACGAAUAACAAGAAAAAGCGAAAGAUACCUACACCCGGAAACUUGGGAGCACACCAUUCUGCAUUGUCUCCGGAGUUCGCCAGUAUGGGGUUGGCAAGCUCAACCCCCGUACGGGUUCCUACCCCGACCGAUGCCACUGGUACAUAUUAUGGGAGUGGAAACCCUGCGUCUCCUUUAGGAAAUGGAAUAUCUGGUUCAGGAAGAGGUCGGUUGGGACGUCCUACUGUUCGUAGCAGCAGCAGGAACCCGUUAUCGCCUAAUGCUCAACAUGGAUGGUUGAAUGCUCGGACGCCCAGUCGGCGGGACGGGUUGAUGUCAUCCCCUGGCCCUUCUGGUGAAUCUCCUUCUGACCAGGGAAUUAUCUCCACCGCGAUCGCCAAUGCUGCAACACACUCCUCUCCGCCUCGAGGUCCCAGUAACGUCAGCCUAUUGGAGAAAGAGAAAGAAAAUACCACUCCGACGAAAACACAAUUCACCUUCACGUGUGAGUCCGACUCGUCCAAAGGCAUGGCCAUGCAGCGAAAUUAUUCAAUCCCUUAUCGAUCCCCCACUUCACCACUCGGUCCGGCAAGUCAAAAACAAAGGGGGUUCUCCACACAAGGGACACAGACUAGCCCUACGAACAACCAGGCCCCACCCGAUACGCAAGCACCCGCUCAAGGUGGAGAGCCAACUCCCGUGGGCCCCAAGAAGAAACGAUCUCCAAGCAGCACAUACGCACUGUCUGCACGUCAACGCAAGAUCCAGCAACAAUACACGAACUUCCACCACCCCCCUAGUCUCGAGGACAUCUGGAUCUGUGAAUUCUGUGAAUAUGAGAGCAUCUUUGGGCAUCCCCCCGAAGCCCUAAUCCGACAGUAUGAGAUGAAAGACCGCAAGGAGCGCAAGCGACUGGCGGAGAAGAAGCGACUUUUGGAGAAGGCCAAGAUGAAGGGUCGCAAGACCAAGAAGGCGACGAAGAACGCAUCGAAGAAUGGCUCCCAGCAGCCUUACCAGCAGGGAUACGACCGCGCUUCGGCUGACCACUCCCCCGGCGGUGGAUCAGGCCUUCCCGAUGAUGAAUACCAAGGACAUGAGUACGAUGAUGAUGAUGAUUCGCCGAUCCCAUCUUUAGCCCCUGCAUCCCCCUCCGACCUCAAGCCUCCACUGCCGCCCUCUGGAAAUCAUCCGAAGAUCGCGGCUUCUGUCCAAGGCAUCAAGGGUUCUGCGGAUUCCGGAGCAAGUCGACCGGCGUAGUCGACCUACCGCGUCCGCAUAGCUGUUCUUUCGCAUUUCAUCAUUGCAUUUGUUUUUUUUCUCGGGUUGACAGGGUGUUUGGGUAUUUUUUGAGGGGUGUUCUGGGAUUGUUGCAUGGAAGGAAAUCCCCUCUCAAGCAUGUUGGUAUGGCGAGCAACUCAUCGGACAAAGUUCCUUGUUGGAGUUUUUCUUCUUUUUUUUAUCUUUGUAAUUGUAAUGUCCAUGAUAUGUAUGUUCUGAAUCAGAUGUGAAAU